AGCCGGCCCCUACACAGUGGCUUUUUUGAAGUGCUGAAGAUAAAUUAUUUGUAAUGUAUUUAAGUCGGCUGAUUGAAAUGUCAGAGUUCUUCUGUUCUUCCCCUCAGAGUGUCUUCUCAAAACCCACUAAAUGGCUGGCGCCCAUGCGGCUGUACACGCUCUCCAAGCGCCACUUCGUUCUCGUGUUCGUUGUCUUCUUCAUCUGCUUUGGCCUGACCGUCUUCGUCGGGAUCAGAGGGCCCAAAGUGAUCCAGACCUCUGCAGCUAAUUUUUCACUAAGUAACAGCAAAACGCUAAAGCCAAUUCAGAUACUUUCAAAUCCACUGUCUACAUAUAAUCAGCAGCUCUGGCUGACGUGCGUUGUUGAGUUGGAGCAAUCAAAAGAAACAUCUAUUCAGACGCCCUUUCCCAUGACUGUCAAAGUGGAUGGUGUAUCACCCGGCGGGACCACGAGGUUCAUCCAUAACAAAGUUCACAACCGGACGAGGACCCUCACGUGUGCAGGGAAAUGUGCAGAAAUUAUUGUGGCUCACCUUGGCUACUUGAAUUACACUCAGUAUACAGUGACUGUGGGAUUUGAACACCUGAACCUGCCCAUCAAGGAGAUGAACUUUAUAUGGAAGACUUAUGACCCUGCAUUUUCCCAGUUGGAAAUUUGGUUCCGGUUUGUCUUCGUGGUGCUCACCUUCAUUGUCACUUGCCUGUUUGCACACUCCCUCCGGAAGUUUUCCAUGAGAGACUGGGGGAUCGAGCAGAAGUGGAUGUCCAUUCUUUUGCCUCUGCUGCUGCUUUACAACGAUCCCUUCUUCCCCCUCUCCUUUCUGGUGAACAGCUGGCUCCCAGGGAUGCUGGACGAUCUCUUCCAGUCUGUCUUCCUGUGUGCCCUGCUGCUCUUCUGGCUGUGUGUGUACCACGGGAUACGGGUCCAGGGAGAAAGGAAGUGUUUGACUUUCUAUAUGCCCAAAUUCUUCAUCGUUGGACUGUUGUGGCUGGCUUCUGUUACACUAGGAAUAUGGCAGACAGUCAAUGAACUGCACGACCCAAUGUACCAGUAUCGAGUUGACACAGGAAAUUUUCAGGGAAUGAAGAUUUUCUUCAUGGUGGUGGCAGCUGUGUAUAUCUUAUACCUGUUGUUCCUGAUCGUGCGGGCCUGUUCGGAGCUGCGCCACAUGCCUUACGUAGAUCUCAGGUUAAAAUUUUUGACUGCGUUGACUUUUGUAGUGCUUGUCAUUAGCAUCGUCAUCCUUUAUUUAAGGUUCGGAGCACAAGUAUUACAGGACAAUUUUGUAGCUGAACUGUCAACUCACUACCAGAAUUCAGCUGAAUUCUUAUCUUUCUAUGGCUUGUUGAACUUUUACCUCUAUACUUUGGCCUUUGUGUAUUCUCCAUCGAGGAACGCCCUAUAUGAGUCCCAGCUGAAAGACAAUCCUGCGUUCUCCAUGCUGAAUGACUCCGACGAUGACGUGAUCUAUGGGAGUGACUAUGAAGAAAUGCCCCUGCAGAACGGCCAGGCCAUCCGGGCGCAGUACAAGGAGGGGUCUGAAAGCGACUGAGCCCCCUGCGGGUCAGCGAGACGUCGUCGGGGAGCCUGGCGGUCUCCUGCAGCCACCACUCCCUGGCCUUCCCUGGACCUGCCUGUGUUCAGACAUGUCUUAUAAGCGGAGAUUUCCUGGUCCUUAUUUGUUUACAUAUUUUUGAAAGGAAAACCAAAAGUGAGGACAAAUUUAAACAUCGGGCCCAAUUUAUUGUUAGAGUGGCUGCAUUUAUUUGAGAAGAGGUGCUGACAAAAAGUUUAGACAGCCAAAUCCUUUUUCGAAGAUUUCAGACAGGAGCGAGCUUGUUCUUAGUGGUGAGGAGGCAGUGACUCCUGUUUUUAGUAGAGAGAAUUAUGUACUUUAAAAAAAAAGUAAUUUACUAACUCCAAGUUCAUGGCAAGCCCUUAGGAAUAAGGUUGGAAGCAUGGGAUCAUUCCUCUUCUUUUUUCCUUGCCCCGUGGGACGGUUUUUUUGACCCUUUAAACUCAAAGGGAAGCCUGUUUGUGUGGCUGCCUCACGAGGGCAGUCCUUCCCCACUGAGCGGCCCCAGCUCUGGGUCACCGGGCAUCUUAAGUGACUGUUGACUGUCGUGUGAAACAUGUAAGUGAUGGCUCAUCAGGGAAAUGACGGGCGGGCAGGCUCCAGCACGUCACUGCUGCCAACGCAGAGCUGGUGCGCUGGAGCUCCAUCAGGUUCAGAAGAAAAGGGUAAGGUCAUCGACGAGCUGCUGGCUCGAGGGAGAGGCCUUGCUGACAUAGUUUUCCAAGGGCCUGUGUGCGUGCAUGUGAGCAUGUGUGUGCCCGUGUGUGUACAGACAUGAAUAUGACUGGAUGCCCCUGUGGUUGGGGUGGGGAGGAGGGUAUCCAUCGCAAUUCCAGUAAGUAGUAGUUUCUGCACCUCUGAUAAGGAUGACACCCUGUAGAGCUUUAUUAUUUUUUUAAUAAAAGCUACGCAAAUGAUUGAUAUAACAUUAUAGAUUUUUUAUUGCCAAAAAGCUUUUCAGUUUCACAUUUGGAAACUAGAUUUUAGAUGGCUUGGGGAAGAACGCUGUUGAGUAGAAGGGGACGUGUUGGGAGUCGCCCCUGCCCUCUGUGUCGCACACAGUGGUCCGUGAGCAGAUGACUUGCUCGUGGAAGAGGAAAGUUGUCUGGAGCUGCUCAGUCUGUGGCGUCCUCGAAGGCCCUGGAGAGUUUCCAGUUCCUUUUUGUUGAAGACAGAGUAUAGAAAGAAGUCUGGCAGAGAGAUCUCCUCUGCUUUUCCUUUGGUGUGCACGAUAAUGUCUUUCUUGAACAGUUACUGUAUGGUCACUGCCGACGUGUCCUGAUUUCUGCCUUCUCGGCAGGUGCCGAGGUAUAGGACCCGACUGUCCCAGUGUGCAAACAGCACCCACGUUUCUUCAUCUAUGCAUUCACUCUCAAAUGACCAUUCAUAGCUAAAAAUUACCUUCCACUUUGGCUAGUGCUGGGACCUUCUAGAGGUUCACGAGACUAUUCACUAUGACUUCAUAUCUCUUUUUGAUUUAAACUUUAAUGAUAACGUACCUUUAAUAUGAAUUCCAUUUAUAUUUGUUUUUAAAACCUUGUAAAUAUGAAUGUUUGAAUUAAAACAACUGUAUUGUUGCAAGGGUAACUCAAGUUCACAUGGUUUUUACAUUUGUAAUGGUGUGAUUGCUUUUUUUUGAUUCUAUGUCCUCAGAAGUAUUGAAACAAAUUUUCUGUUACCAAAUUUUCAACUUUUAUUAAGACUAACUAUAAGUAAUUUUAUGUAAAUUGAUUAAAACUUACUUGUGUUGAUUAAUGUAUUCUAGUAUGUGAUACAGUUUACAAGUUUUAAUCAUUCUAAUUGUCCAUGGUUUGGAAUGCUGUUAUUUAUCAGUAAAUGUAAAAUAUUUGAGGCAUUUAGUCAUACACAUUAGAACUUUUUAAACUUGCCUUUGUCCUCUAGUGUAAUCAUAAACUAUGACUGCUAUCUUCACACACUGAUGCACCAUGGCAUCAAGGCAAUGAAAUGAAAAGUAUGGGAGGAUUUCUUUGCUUUUUGUAAUUAAGUUGGAGAUAAGUAAAACAAUUACAUAAGUACCUACUUUAGGGGAAAAUGUUUUUUUAUUAAAUCAUGCAUUUUCAGUUUCUCUUCUCUGGUGUAUCGUAUGUAUCAACUUAUUACAUACUCCAUGUAAAAUUUUGCUUAAAGUACAUAGCAUUUAGCAUGUAUUAUGUGUGUCAUAGGUAUUAGUUAAGACACUAAAGUCUGCGGGAAACUUUAGACAGUAGCAAGAAAAUUGGUUUUUUUCUUCGAGGGUAUUAAAGUUUUGCAAACUUAAAUGAUCAAUUCAAAGGGCUGACUUUAGUUCUUCCGUGAUAAUGGCUUGAAUAACAUCAUCUUGGGCUAAUUUUUAUACUGGUCCAGUCUAGGGGAACCUGGAAGAUGACCACAGGAUUUCAGUUUCCCUAGGGAGAGCUUCAUUAUCCAUGUGGAUAAUAGGUCUGCUUGAUUUAUUAUUAAAUCAUUACGGCAGUGAACGGACGCAGUUUUCUCUCUCUUCGCCCCAUUUGAGAGGCUGGAGAAGGGGAGACAUGAACUAUAUUUAAGGUUUGUAAGGUUGUUCAAUUACUGUACAUAAUUACAGAUUGCAAGAAAAGCUUAGAUUGUGUAAACCCAGCCCACUAAAUGGGCAGGUUACAAGAUGAAUGUCACCAGCCUUGAGUAUUUCAUGAACUAUUUACUGAAGGUACGGUUAUGUUAAAUAGGUUAUAAUGUGGUAACUUACUUUCACAGGGAAAAACACAGAAGCUCAGAGAAGGGAUGAUUCAAAGGGACAUCUAGUGAAGACUAGGCUUAAAACACUAAAGUAUAUUUAGGUAUUUUGAGGGUUUGAGAAACUGGUUGCCUUAGAGGUUAGACUUUUGAAAACAAAGAUACAAAUCUUUUCCCCAGGCCAAAGGGAAGUGGCUUUAGUCUGUGACAUCUUAUCCUGUUUAUCUUGAUUUGACUUUAGAUAGCCUGGUAACUAUAAUACCAUACUAUGAAACAGAAGGAUUUUCUGCUACUGAAAACUGCCUUUUACAAAACGCCUGUAAAUAUUUGUAAAAUAAAACAACUCUAAGCUCAAAAGGAAAGCUGUACAUAUGUAUUAGAUCUUGGGGCUGUCAGUGAGCACAGUAAUGUCGAUCAUAGAAUGAUCAUCAAUCAAAAGUGAAUAAAUGCUUAUUUAUGGCAAACUUA